CGUGCCAAGUGCGCGGCGCUCGGCCACGGAAACUUUGAUUUACCGCGGGGGCGCACGAAGAAUGGUCGCCGGGCGCACAUGGAUUCGGUAGAACUUUGCCUGCCGGAGCCGCUCUCCCUGCACUACGAGGAAGAGCUUCUCUGCAGAAUGUCAAGCAAAGAUCGACACAUUGAUUCUAGCUGUUCGUCGUACAUCAAGACGGAACCGUCGAGCCCUGCCUCUCUGACGGACAGCAUCAACCACCACAGCCCCGGUGGCUCCUCAGACGCCAGCGGGAGCUACAGUUCCACCAUGAAUGGACAUCAGAAUGGGCUGGACUCACCUCCCCUCUACCCUUCGGCCACAGGGCUUGGGGGCAACGGGCCAGUCAGGAAACGGUAUGACGACUGCUCCAGUACCAUCGCUGAAGAUUCACAGACCAAGUGUGAAUACAUGCUGAACUCGAUGCCCAAAAGACUGUGUUUGGUGUGUGGUGACAUUGCAUCAGGGUACCACUAUGGAGUGGCUUCCUGCGAGGCCUGCAAGGCUUUCUUCAAGAGGACAAUUCAAGGUAACAUAGAAUACAGCUGCCCAGCAACGAAUGAAUGUGAAAUCACAAAGCGCAGACGCAAGUCCUGCCAAGCCUGCCGCUUCAUGAAGUGUCUAAAAGUUGGCAUGCUGAAAGAAGGUGUCCGCCUAGACAGAGUACGUGGAGGUCGCCAGAAGUACAAGCGCAGAAUAGAUGCAGAGAAUAGCCCAUACCUGAACCCUCAGCUAGUUCAGCCAGCAAAAAAGCCAUAUAACAAGAUUGUCUCCCAUUUGCUGGUGGCUGAACCGGAGAAGAUCUAUGCUAUGCCUGACCCCACUGUUCCAGACAGUGACAUCAAAGCGCUUACCACUCUUUGUGACCUGGCAGACAGAGAACUGGUGGUGAUCAUUGGAUGGGCUAAGCAUAUUCCAGGAUUCUCCACUUUGUCUCUAGCUGACCAGAUGAGCCUUCUGCAGAGCGCUUGGAUGGAGAUUUUGAUUCUCGGUGUUGUAUACCGGUCACUUUCUUUUGAGGAUGAGCUCGUAUAUGCUGAAGAUUAUAUUAUGGAUGAAGACCAAUCCAAAUUGGCAGGCCUUCUUGACCUUAACAAUGCCAUACUGCAGCUGGUAAAGAAGUACAAGAGCAUGAAGCUGGAGAAAGAAGAGUUUGUCACCCUCAAAGCUAUAGCACUUGCUAAUUCAGACUCAAUGCACAUAGAGGAUGUUGAGGCAGUGCAGAAACUUCAGGACGUCUUACACGAGGCUCUGCAGGAUUAUGAGGCCGGGCAGCACAUGGAAGACCCACGUCGCGCAGGCAAGAUGUUGAUGACUCUCCCACUUCUGAGGCAAACCUCCACCAAGGCUGUGCAGCAUUUCUACAACAUCAAACUGGAAGGCAAAGUCCCCAUGCACAAACUUUUUUUGGAAAUGCUGGAGGCCAAGGUCUGACUAAAGCAUCAUGGGCUUCCCCAUCAUGC